UUGUCUCCACAGGACUUUCAAGAACACGCUAGAAAAUGAGUAGAUAUAAUACUGUAACACCAGUACUCAGGGCAAGCAAGAGAAUUUGGAAUAUCUACUCAAGUUAUUAUACAAAAUGUACUCAGUCCAAGUUAUUAAAACCUAUUGGAGCAACGUAUAGAGCACAACUUAAUCUCACAGAUACCCAGAAACCAACUGUGGUAAUGACUGAUAGAUUUCCUUCUCAGUUGUAUUUGUGCAGAAGCUUUUGCAGAUCAUCCAGCAUGGGGUCUCAACAUGAAUUGCCUCUUGACACACCAAUAUUGUAUUUGAAAAGUGAAGAAGCCUUUGCAGGGCUAACAGCCAGAGAGCGGCGAUAUGCUCAUCAUCUUUCACGAGCUUCAUGGUGGGGAGGGUUCAUUGUACUGUGUCAGACCUCGCCUGAAAGCUCGACAAUCUUCAGCCUCCUGACACGUCUACUGCGAUCCCAACCAAUUGACACCCUUAAGGAGAUUGCAAUUGAAAAGGCAGACUUCUCAGAAGAUGAGUUUAAGUCUCUUCUGAUUUACUAUUCAGGAUUGGUGUACAACCUUGGCAAUUAUCUAGGGUUUGGGGACAGGAAGUUUGUUCCAAGUGUUAAUCGUGAAAAACUUGAAGCUUUGCUUAAAGCUUCUAAAGCUAACUUAGAAGCUCCUGAUGUAAUACAAGAAUACAUGAACCAAGCUUUAGGACCAAUGUACAGUCUGGAAGAGAACAAAAGAUUCCUUGGAAUGCCACCAAAUGUAACAAUGUAUUUUACACCAAACUGCACUCAAGAUGAUGCUAAUCUAGCAAAAGAGUACAUGGCUUCCAGAAAUCUUGAAGCUUGGAAUUGCCGUUUAUUGAAAUAUGAAGAAAAUGGCCAUGUUGUUUAUGACAUUCGCUUAGCAUCAGUUGAGCAGGGAAGUGCUGAGGGCAUAACUGUUGUCAGUGAUGAUUAUGAAGGACACAAAUUCAGAAUAAGCCGUGGCGAUUACUCUUUCUUUUUGAAGAAGAUGUGUGAGGAACUCCAACUGGCUAAAGAAUACACGGCCAAUGAAAGUGAAGUACACAUGCUUGAUAAAUAUAUUGAAAGUUUCACAAAAGGAUCAGUACAAGCUCACAAAGAUGGUUCUGCAUUUUGGGUAAAGAAUAAGUCUCCUGCUGUGGAAACUUACAUGGGAUUCAUUGAAGUGUACAGAGAUCCUACAAACCAACGUGCUGAAUUUGAAUCCUUUGUUGCAGUAGUUAAUAGAGAGCAAUCUCGAAAAUUUGAUACUCUAGUUGCCAGAGCAGAGAAGGAAUUUUUGCCUCUCUUACCUUGGGGAAAAGAUUUUGAAGAGGAUGUAUUUAUGAGGCCAGACUUUUCAUCAUUGGACAUUUUGACCUUUGCAUCAUCCGGCCUGCCAAUUGGUAUCAAUAUUCCAAAUUACAAAGAUGUAAAAGAAGAGCAGGGUUUCAAAAAUGUAAGCUUAACAAAUGUGAUGGCUGCUCGUACUGGAAUAAAAGGGGGCCCAUUCCUUUCAGAUGCUGAUCAUCUUUUGAGAGAAAAACAUGGGGCUAUGAGUUUGGAGAUACAGGUGGGUCUUCAUGAACUUUUAGGUCAUGGAUGUGGAAAGUUUUUGAGGCGUAAGGAUGAUGGAAAACUCAAUUUUGAACCUAGUAAAAUCAAAAAUCCAUUUACAGGAGGGGAAGUGUCAUUUUAUGAAAAAGGGGAAAACUUCAACUCAAAAUUCACAAAUUUGGCAAGUGCUUACGAGGAAUGUAGAGCAGAAACAGUUGCAUUGUAUUUAGGAUUGGUUGAUGAUAUUCUGGAUGUAUUUGGUGUGGUACCUGAUGAUCGUGAAGACCUCAAAUAUGUGUCUUGGUUAGAUAUGAUGUAUGCAGGCAUUAGGGGCUUAGAAAUGUAUCAGCCCAGUCAGGGGAAGUGGGGCCAGGCUCAUUCUCAGGCCAGAUAUGUCAUUUUAAGAGUAGCACUAGAGGCUGGUGAAGGAUUAGUCAGUGUGAAAGAAACAACUGGAGAUGAUGGUCUACCAGAUCUCUUACUCACUUUAGACCGAUCCAAAAUAUACACUGUUGGCCGUCAGGCAAUGGGAGAGUUUUUGAAAAAGCUUCAGGUUUACAGGUCUAUGGGUGAUGCAGAUGCUGGAAGAGCCAUGUUUGAGAAGUAUUCAGAGGUACCCUCGGAAGGCCCCUUCCCAUUUGCCAAGUGGCAUGAGAUUGUGGUGAGAAAACGCCGCCCUCGCAUGAUUCUUGCAAUGCCAAAUACUCGUGUAGUUGGAGAAGAUGUGGAGUUACAAUCUUAUCCUGAGGCAGUAGAUUGUGUAGCCAAAUCUUGGAUUGAACGUUUCAGUCCUGAGGAGUUUGAGGUUAUUGAAUCUGCACUCACUAAGUACAUUGGUAGUUGGACCAAAUAAGUAUUAUAUAAAAACCAUGCAAAGGUGACUGGUAUUUCUGGUGAGUUACACCAUUGUUUUAAGAUAAUCACUGCUUGCAUUCAAAAACUGUUGUAUUCUAAGGAAGGAGAUUAGACAUAUUUGAUUGUGAAAUAAUUUCCCUUUUGUACUGUAAUUGCAGUUGCUCAUAUAAUUAUUACUCCAGUGAAUAAUUCAUCUAUGUAAUUAUGCAAUUGUUUAUUGAAAAUAAACUUUGUAAAAUUGUUUCAAUAAAUUUAUACAAAAA